CUAGCGGCUCUGCGAGGCGGACGAACGGCUCCUGCCGGAGUUUCCCGAACGCUUCCGAUUCCCCAAACCCGAGAUUACCCGAAAGUCUUCCGCUGCUUCCGACCCGGCCCCCACCGGAGUGCGUUAUCGGUGACGGGUGGAUGAGAAUUAGGAAAUAAAGAGAAAAAAGAGGAGCCAUCUGCGCGAAGCACCCCUCCCGAGCCCCUCCCAGUCCGGGGAUUAUUUUGGGGGGAUUCGAGGCUUGACAAAGAGAGCGACCGAUCAAGAUGAAGGUAACCGGCGCUGCAGUGCUUAGCGCCCUGUUCUGCACCGUUGUGUCAGCAUCUUUAAAAGUCACAGAGGAGCACAGGACAGCAUUCUUCGGAGAGGACAUUCACAUCGAUGUCCCGCCCGGGGACCUUGGUGAGGUUGUGUUCAAACCCAGGACCAAAAGCCUCCCUGAGGUGGUCCUGAUGCGAGCGGGCCGGGUGGUGAACCCGCGGGGCAGCAUCAACUCUCUGGACCACCUGUUGCUGGAGGACGUGCAGGAGGAAGACGAGGGGGUGUACGUCAUCAAGAACACCAACCACCCCGACGCAGUCAAGCACCUCAUCCUUAUUGUCAGGGACUGCGCUGUGGAGCAAGUGGUGAAGUAUGGAGACACUUACUACAUCCACCUCAACCGCGUGGAGGGCCCCAUCACCCUGGAGUUCAGGCCUGGUCUGAUUCAGUCUACCAACCACACUGAGAUACAUCAUGCCACAGAGCCUCCACCCGUGGUGCUGUUCAACCAGACGGCGGUGCCGGCGGAGGAAUACGCGGGGCGUCUCAGCGUGACGGAGAAACGGGUGAUGCUGCACGCGGUCAGGAUGGCGGACGAGGGCAGCUUCACGGUGCUGGACCGCGAGGGCAAAAUCCGGAGAAGGAACUGCCUGAAUGUCAGAGAGCACCAAGACUUCAUCCGACCCUCAUAUGGAGAAAAUGUGAAGAUAAAACUCUACCUGCAACAUUCCAAUGUUAACGUCGUUUAUAAGCCAAAGUCGGACAAUCAGGACCGGGUCAUCGUGGACCAGGGGGUCCUGGUGAACCCGCUGGACCCCCUGCUGGAGGGCAGGCUGAGCGUGCAGGGAUCACAGCUCAGCAUUAAGAAGGUCCACAUGGCUGACACGGGUGUCUUCAAAGUGACGGACCUGGCCGGGUUUCCUGUGGCUCACGUCUACAUUGAGGUGGAAACCUAUAAACUGCCUCCGCUGACUGUAGCCGUCCUCUCCAUGCUGAGCGUGAUCGCCUUCAUGCUGCUCAUGUGCCUGCUGUCCUGCAUCUACAGGAUGCACAAGAGGAGCGAGAAGAGCAAGAAGCUGACGCUGAUCGCUCAGCAGGCCGGCAAGGGAGACGGCGAGGCCUUCAGACAGGUGGUCCAUGACGCCUACACCAGGUUCACCGAGGAGUCUCUGAUGCAGUCUGUGUGCGAGCAGCCCACGGAGAGCACAGAGGUCACGAUCAAGGGCCUUGAGGUGUCCAAAUCUGGCCGCUACCACACUCUUUUUUCGGACAAUUUUCUGGAGAUGAGCGACUCUGGGGUGGAGUUCACCACCUCCGGCCUCCCGCUGGACAGUGACACUGAUGCUGGGACGACCUACGCCUCCCACAAACCCCUCCUGAACGCCGUCUUCCCUACGGCCAUGACCGAAGAAGCUCCCUCUGACUGCCUGGAGGCCACACCGGCCCCCGGUGACGACCUCAGUGCAGGCCGAAGCCCCGUCACCGCCACAGCUGGUAGCCCCGCCUCCCAUCCGCAAUUACUCGAUGCCGCCGAGCCGGACGGCGGCCCGCGCGGCGACUCGCCACCGGGGACGGCCCCCGGGGGCACCGCGGGGUCGGACUCGGCCAAGACGGAGGGAGGGGCUGAGAGCGAAGACGGCGUGCAGAAGGAGGAGUCAGCUCACAGCACCUGAGAAGAUCCAGCCGGGUGUUUUUUUUUUAAGCUCAUGCAGCAGCAACACCCACAACAACCUGUCUGUGUCUAUGACAUCACAAACACCGGCGAGUCCUUCAUCUCUGCAUUUGGAACAACUUCAUGGGCCUAACGUUCCUGCUUGGAGUCAGACGGCAGUCACCCACAAUGCACCAUUCAAAAUGAUACGCACCGCGCACAAACAAAGUAGAUGCAGAAGAGCAACCCUGUGCAUAUGUGGAGAAUGCAUGUAUUUAAAUGAAACAUGAAAGUAGAUAUCAUAGUUCAGGUCUAGAGGAUUGAAUGCAUGCGAGCUCAGAAAGAGUUCUCAAAAAACACCGACAUGGGAUCAAAGAUUUUAACUCCUGUCAAAAGGUUGUCAAAAAAAGAUGAAAAAGAAGAAAGGAGUUUGACUAUUCCGGCAGUCAGAAUCACACAUUAUAUUCACAGUCCCCUCAGCUGCUAACAACUAGCAGCAGAGCUCUUCUCUGGUUUCGAUGUGGAUCCUCUGACAGCUCUCACGAAUUCAGACAAACUGACUGCAUUUCAUCCCACCCAUGCAAAGACUAUUAUCUACAAUGCAAGCAGUUCAGAAGGUUCUUGCCUCAGCAAUAUGCAGGAGGAAAGAGAAGAAAAACCCCCACUCCUCUACGUGUUCUUUCUGGAAAACCCUGAAAGCUGAAACAAGCUCUGAAGAUUGAAUAUUGAAAACCGCUCGGCUCGCGAUCAGUGCCGGUGGUGCUUUCACGCUCUCUCGUAUCUUUGGGGUUUCAAAUCCGCCACAUUUGAAGGCGUCGCGUGGAGAAACUAAUCCUUCACGCUGAUGAGGAAUUCCGGAGAAAACAAGAGCAAGGACAGCCAACUGUAGGAUACUGAAGUACCCUCGUCUGUUUUUUAGUUUUAGUUCUUACCCAGUGGAGAAGCCUCGAGCCCUGCCUCAGCAAAACAUGACAUUGGGAGAAGAUUGCGCAUCUACUUCUGGGACAUUUGGAACAACUCCAACGAACAUAAUUGGAUUUUUGGUCUCUUCAUGGAAGGACUGUUUCACGUACACCAUGGAGUGAGGAGGGGUGACGAAGAAUAGGUGACAGAUUGAAAAGGGUUCUAUUUGGCGGCACAGAUAAGGGACGAUAAGAGAUGAUUUAAAGCAGCUCCCGUCCGUGGACAGAGCUCUGAUUAUUGCAGCCGAGUUGCUCGCCAAAAUGAUGUGAAAGCUGUCAAGGAGAAUGCAGCGUUAUCGCAUGAAUGAGACUAAAUAUGAGAUUAUAGAGUGUGUGUGUGUGUGGAGACAUGAUUCCCUCCAGAUUAAUUAAUGAUUAAUGUCAAUGAGUCCUUCCAUUAGUUGCAGCAAAACACUGACCCUCCGCUAGGUCCCGCCCCUCACAUUCAAACUGACCAAACACUUCAUUUCUUUAAGGUAUUCUGAUCUAGUCGAGGUCAAACGUUGGUUAAAGUAAUACUCAUUAAGUAUCUGUAUUGUAUUAUAUUAUUAUUAUUAUUAUACCGUCUGGUUAGUCUCACAGUUGUCCAUCUCCUCUGCCAAUCCGACGGACGUGUCGAGCAGAAAAGCAGAAACUUGCCCACAGUUUGAUCUUGUGAUGGCGGAAAGCAAGACCCCCGCGUUACAGAGGAAGGUUGGAAGGAGAAAUAGCCGAGUUGGUUAGCACAGCGUUAACUAGCGUUAGCGUAGCCGCUUUAGUCAAACAGCAUUACUACUCGCUUGUCUUCAUUCAUAACGCCGGCUGAUGUGAAGCUGUGAUCUGUAGACUUUCGUCUUUCUGCCUUUUCACUGCUGAUUAACUUUGACAUUCUGGUGGUUACUGUCAAAGACAUAUUUUAUUUAGUCAAGGAUAACUGAUAUUCACAGUUUGGAUAUCUGUUUAAAGCGCUCUAAAGCGUUUGUGAGGUAGAGAUACACCGCAGGAAGCUUCUAAACUGCCCCCUAAUUACACACUGAAGGAAAGAAAAGACACGUUAAUGGAACACAGGAAAAGGGUGGAACCAGUGGCAGAGAUUCAAACAAGGAGAAGAGUCAAUUAGCUUAAGCUCUCACCUAAACUAAUUGGUUCCCAUUGCAUGCAGUGCCAGAAGCCUGUGGGCUAAUUCAGGUCACAGCAAACCAACCAACACCAAAGAGAUUUCACAGAAGGACACUGCUGGGGGAACUCUGUCACUGUCUCCUCUCCACCGGGCCAAACCACUGCAGAACUUUUAGAACUUUAGGGAAUCAAAGUGCUGUCGGUGGGAACAUUGUUCACAAACUUGGCCAGAACAGAUUGAUCUGCAUCGUGGUCCCGAGGACCCCGAGGAGAUAACCCGUUACUGGAUGCUGAUUUCAGUAUGGAUUCCUGAAUUGAUGUCAACCUGAAGUCUUUUACCUCGCAUGAUUGCUAAAAACAGUCUUAAACAGACACAAAUGUUUGGGUUUUGGGGAAUGAAAAGCACAAAGUUGAAUGUGAUCCUUUUGCAACAGCGAAAAAAGGUUCACAUUGAAAUUAUGAAGGGUUAAAAUAAGGAGCAGCAAUAGUAAAAAUAACUAGUUCUACUUCAGGAAUAAGGAGUUAGAUAUUCAAAAAGUUCUCCAUCUUUUCCAUUAAUACGUGUUCCCGUAUUUGGGAAAUGUUGUACACAGAUAUACUUUAAAUCAGGCUCAAGGCUUUAGAACUGAUUUAGUUUAAAAUGUAAAUAUCAGGUUCAGUCUAUUAAAAUCUGAUAAGAAGGUUAGUUGGACUAAUCACACAUGAAUCGUCAGAGGUUUGACUCAUUCUCAAUUCAAUAUAAAGCAAUAUUCAUUACAAUGGCACUGAGACAUCACCACCAUCCACUUGGCAAUAAGAGGACUGCAAGAUUUUACACUCAAAUCAAAGCAAAGCAGAUCCUCAGAUCCUUUAACCACACGUCCAUAGCAGGUAUAAUAGUAAUUAAGUUCAUGGCUGGAGACGACCUUCAGAUCUCAGUUUAACUCAUGUUCACAUGUUGGGCUCACAGCGACGCCGGGUGUAAAUCCUCGGCAGUGCUGGACGGUCCGUCGCCUCAGGAGAGCACUGCUUGACACGAUAGCAGUGUAGUUGUUUCUUAUUAACACUCAAAGCAGGAACGAGAAAAAAUGCUGUCAAACAAAGGUUAAGUUGCUGAUGCGGUAGACUGAUGUAAAGAACCGUGGGAAAACACACCUAGAAGUUGAUAAUUAAGUGAAGUGUUCCUAUUCUGCAAACACACUCGGCGUUAGAGUUAAUAUUCCUUUAGAAAAACAUUUCACACUUAAAUCCAUUAAGAUACAUGAGGCCUGCAGGACAUCAAUGCUCCGUGAUGGAUUUAAUCUCCUUUGACAACAAAAGAAUGUUGAUAAAAUCAUUCAUGAUUUCACUGAAAAGGUCAGUUUUCUAUUUAAAUAGACUGAUGUCAUUUAGGGGCUGCUUGAAUAAGAUCUCUUGAGAAGAUAUUGAGCUUAAUUGAGUGAAGAUCAGCUGUUUAAUUGUCCUCCCCAAAAUCCAUAUCUCUCUAACUGCUAAUAAUGUUUAUCAAUCUAGAUAGUUUUGAUUUUGGUUGAGUAUUGGAGAUAUCUGCCAUAGAUAUGUCAUAUGUAUAUAUGUAACAUGGAGGUAGAUGGCAGUUGGCUUGUGCUCAGAAAAAUAUAUUUUAAAUAUAAACCACAGACCUUGUUGUGAGCGCUUCACAUAGUUCACCAAACUACACUCAACGCUGCUAGUUCACUUAGCACCUGCGAGCUAGCUAACGUAACUAACGGCUUUGUUUUGCCUUUCCUCACCGCAGUUAUAUCAUAUUGGAGAGAAGGCAGACGACGGCGGAUAUCUCCCCAGAACAAUCCAGAUCGAUAAAUAGCGCCUCAACUAAGAGCACAAGGAUACUUUAGGAGUGUAGAUAUGAGCGCACACAAGCGUUUUGCAGCGUAAAGGCCACACGUCUCCUUUAGAUUUUGGCAUGACGGCAAAAUUGAAUCUUCUGUUGAUCUGCUAUUAUCUGGAAUUACAAAGAAUGCCAAACAAAAAGAUGUCUGCAGUGUCACAGCUUUCUGGUUCCCCGCUCCUCCUAAUAGAAAUCUGGUUUUCCGCAAAGUGUCAGAAUAACUGUUAACUGUCAAGCAGUUUUCUGACACUCAAAUCAACCAAUUGAAUCCAGUCCAGCACAACUCACCCAUUUACUGGGAUUGGAUUGAAUUUUGAUCUGUGAUCCAUUAUUGUGGGAAACUGAAAAACACAGUUUUUUGAAAACAUCUAUAAGAACCCGUCCCUAGAGGUUCUAUCCGGAACCUUCUCCCCUUGUAAGGGUUCUACUGUUGACCUGAUGGAGAACGCUUCUGUUUCCCACUCACGUCCGUCACCACCGUCAAAACCCCCGGCACCUGAGUGUGUUUUUUUUAUUUUGAAAAAAUGCCAAUUAUAUAAUCAGUGUGUGUACUUUGGGACUAACGUACCUCAUCCCGGGAAAAUGCAUUUACUCCAAAAACAAUCACGGCUCUUUUGAAUGAACAAACCUGCUUGAAUUCACGCCAUUGUCUGAACUUUUUGUAGCAUCAUAUUUAGCACGAAAAUGACGACCCCCUCUACGAAUAUGCAAUGUAUCUCUCCAUUCUGAUAUUAUAGCCUUCAUCUGCUGUCCCACCGUGUACAUAAGAGCUAGUGUAACUGCUGCAUGCCUGUAGAUUGCUUGAGGGACAGCAGCCGUGACGCUGAUGGGGAUAAUAUGAAUGUUCUGUAUAGCUGGCCUGGCGAUCGUUGCUGAGGUCUGGUCCUGGUUUCCCAUGAUCCUCUCCUGACUUUUAAUAUCACCUCUCAGUGUUUGCAUCCAGAUGAUGGUGAUGGUAAAGGACGAUACCUUUUAAAGUUGCAGCCAAUCAUCGAGGGCGUCUUGGUGUCGUGUUGGUGAUAACAAUAAGAAUAAGAAUGCCUCAAUGCAUGAAAUAUCUCAACUUUUUGUGUGUUUUAUGUUACACACUUAUUUCAGUUCUUCAUAUAAGGAGACAAAGGUUUACGGACAAAACAUGGUUUACAUUUUGACAAACUAAGGUAUUCCCGUCAGUCACGCUCAUCAUCUGCAUUGUCACAUGUUUUUGUUGAAUAUGAAAAUGCAUUAUUUGAACUUCCAGAAAUUCUCACCAGAGACACAAAUGUGUAUUAAACCGCUGCCGAAAUAUUCCAAACAAAUGCACUAUUUCUUCCUGUUUUAGUAACAUUUAUUAAAAACUAUAGUGAGCAGCUAUUUUAGUAAAUUACUGAGCCCUGUCUGUCAUAACUGUACACACAGCUGUAUAUCAUUGAGCUGAAGGAAGAUGUACGUCUUCCUUUUGCAUUACAUAUCAUAUCACGGUUUCUUCCAUCAUUCUAUGGUAAAUUAAAAGUUUGCAUUCUCUCAACAGAAUACACACUUUCCUAAUAUUGUUUUGGGAAACCACAGAGUCAUGAUUGCUCUAAAAGCUAAAUUAGAUCCUACUAGCUGGUUUAGCACAUAAUUCAAGUAGAAGUAUUGUCGCUGUCAAUAUUACCGAUGUUACUUCUGAAAAAAAUCAACUAAGAACAUUUAUAACAUAGAAUUCUCUAGUUUUGAUUUACAUGCAUGUGUAGGUGUAGAUUGGUGUCAGUUUUUUUGGUUUCACCCCCAUACAGAACUUGUUGCUAGAAUGUCAGAAUAAAAGUCUUCAGCGUUGUUUGAUUGAUUUGACUUUUAAGUUUGUAUUCCUCAGGACAGUGGUUGUAAGUGAUAAAUAAUUAAACUAUGUCAUACCUGUAUGUUUUUGAUACUAGACAUUACUGGCUCGCCUGCAUGCUGCUUUUAUUUUGAAAGAGAUCACGUGAAUGCUUCAUAUCUAAGAGGGUAAUCAUUGACUGUAUGAUACUUCACUGUACUGCCAUGGACGAGCACCCACACCCCCUAGUUUGCUUGAAGAAUAAAUCAAUGGUUAUUUAUACACCACUUCCAUAGAAAGCCUUUUGGCAUCCUGCCAAGACUUUUAUAUAGGUUCUCUUUUUUUCUGUAAUGAAUGAAUAACUGCAAUUAAAUGACUUUUCAACAGUGAGUCAAAGGUU